CCUUUUUACCUUCUCCCCACCUGCGAUUACCAAACCUGAUUACUAGGGAGAAACAAACGAACAAGUGGUAAAGUUCACACUAACAGAGAGAGAGAGGGUCUCCCCUGUUGCUAGGGAGAGUGCAGAUGCUGAAGAAGAUAAAAAAGCUUAGUUAGAGAAAUUCACUUAUAUAUAGCAGAGAGAGAGAGAGAGAGAGAGAGAGGAGAAAAGGGGUGAUUGUGUACUGAAAGAGAUCAAAAAGGGGGUGAAGAGAAAUGGUGGGCUCGGGAGCAUCAGAUAGGAGCAAAGAAGCGGUUGGGAUGAUGGCCCUUCACGAGGCCCUCAGGAGUGUUUGUCUCAAUUCAGACUGGACUUACUCCGUCUUCUGGACCAUUCGACCUCGCCCAAGAAGUAGAGGUGGUAAUGUUUGCAAGGUUGGGGAUGACAACGGCAGCUUGAUGUUGAUGUGGGAAGAUGGAUUUUGCCGUGGAAGAGUUGCAGAUUGCCUUGAAGAUAUAGAUGGAGAAGAUCCAGUCAGAAAGGUUUUCAGCAAGAUGUCCAUCCAGUUGUAUAAUUACGGAGAAGGGUACGUGGGUAGGUUAAUGGGAAAGGUUGCUUCAGAUAAAUGUCAUAAAUGGGUCUUCAAAGAGCCUUCAGAAUGUGAACCCAACAUCUCUAAUUACUGGCAGAGUUCUUUUGAUGCAAUUCCUCCUGAAUGGACUGAUCAGUUUAAUUCAGGCAUUCAGACUAUUGCUGUGAUUCAAGCUGGUCAUGGCCUUCUACAAUUGGGUUCCUGCAAGAUUAUACCAGAAGACUUGCAUUUUGUGCUGAGAAUGAGGCAUACCUUCGAAUCUCUUGGGUAUCAAUCUGGCUUCUACCUCUCCCAGCUCUUCUCUACUAACAGGAAUACUUCCCCUUCUGCUUCUUCUUCGAAACAAUUCCUUGCUCCAAGCCGUCCUCCUGCUCCCAUUUUUAAAUGGAGUCAAAGUCCUCUACCAUCUGCAACUUCUGUAUUUGCUUCUCCCAAUUUCCAGAACUCUUCUCGACUUGGGUUGCCACAGACUAAAGAUGAAACUCAUCUUUUUCUCCCUCCACAUUCAUCUGAGACCCAAAUGGAGGACAUGAACAUGAUGGCUGAUCAUGACUCUGACAUAAAAUGGCCAAAUGGGCUAUCAUUCUUCAAUGCACUCACCGGACGGAAUGACGAUGCUAAACUUCUCUUCGGCCACGAGGGCUUAGAAAACAAGAUUCACCAACAACAUCAUCAAUUUGUACCAGGGGGAGAGGAUUCAAACUCUGCCUUAAAUCUUCGUGGAAAUGCUGAUGAGUCUAAGACCCUCUCAGAGACUCCAAAUUCACAGAGUCAGCAUGGGAACAGAAGUGAUAACACAGGAAUUGCGAAUUUCAGCGAAUACUUGAGCUUGGAGAGCCAAUCAAACAAUGUCAGGAAGAUGGAAAACAAGUUCAAGAGGAGCUUCACUUUGCCUGCAAGAAUGGCCUCAUCUUCUUCUUCCACUUCUCUAGAUCACCAUUCACAUCAUUCCAUUGACUACAGGAGCUCUGAUGCCAGGAUUUACUCUGAUAUAAUGGACACCUUCUUAGAGUGAUUUUAGACUGCUUUGUAUGGAGAACAGUAGUAGUAAGAUGU